AUGCUGGACAAAAUUCAGUCGGCGUUUGGGAUGGGACUAUCAGAAACUGAUGAUUUUAUCCGAGAUAUUGUCUCGAACGGAGUAGGCUUAGUCUACGAACUGGCAACGGCUGAGCAUCGCAAAGCUCUUGUGAACGAUCUUAUGUACAAGAUAUCUGAAGGAAAACCGUUUGCGGCUGUUAAACUCGCUCAAAUUCCACAGCAGUUGAGCACACACAAAGAGCUAUGCUCCUUAGCUACAGAACUCAAUCAGCCUGAUCUUGUUUACAAGUUCAUGAUUCUUGCAAGACACAACUCUGUUUGGAACAAAAAAAGGGUGCGGCACUUGGAUUUGCCGCUUUGCUCGAAGAAGCUCGCAGCGAACUUGAUACAUACAUCAGUUAGCUUGUGCCAAAGAUUUUUAGGUACCGAUAUGAUCCAGAUCUCAGAGUCAGGCAAUCUAUACGUUCGAUAUGGUCUGUUCUCACAUCAUCCAGGCGAGGAGUUAUUGUCGUGUUUUCAGGUCGAUGAGUUUGCCGAUGAAAUAGUAAAAGAACUGCAGAAACAGCUCACGACUGCAGAAUGGCGUGUGAGAGAAUCCUCAUGUCUUGCUCUCUCUGAUCUGUUUCAAAGCAAUGAUACACCUUACAUUCAAUCCAAUGUUGCUGAGUUAGUUUUGACUGUUUUUCGCCUUCGCGAUGACAUAAAGUUAAGGGAAGUUUUCUUUUUAAAAACUCUUGCGAAGUUGGUUGUCCGACUGUCUUCUGAGACCUCUAAAGGUCAUGAUCUUCACGCAUUUCUUGAUACCUUUCUUCCAGUACUUAUUUGGAAUGGUAUUCAUUCGGAUACAAAAAUCAACAAGCAGUUUAGUAUUUCCCUGCUUCUUGAACUAGCAAAAAAAGCUGGAACUCAACUGCGACCAUAUCUGUCAGAGUUAAAUCCCUCCUUUAUCGAUGCAAUUAGUGAUACCGAGCCAGCAAUCUUGAACUACGUUGCUGCUCGUUCGAGUCUUGCUGAGCUAGAAUUGGUCAGUAAUUCAUGAUU